CGCUUCUCUUCAAGCCGGGCUGGAGUAGGGGGAGGGGCCGGCUGAGGCGGUGGCUUGCUCUGGGAGGGCAGGGCAGGCAAAGGCGGGACUGGCCCGCUGCGGGCGGACGAGGGAGCCGCGGAGCUAACGGGUCCGGACGCCCGCGGCGGCAGCUUUCUGCACGGGUGGAGGCGGCGGCAGGAGCGGCGAGCAUGGCCCGCGCGGCGCCGUGCGCUGACUGAGGGUCACGCUGUGGCAGCCUGGCGCCUGACGAGUGACGGGGAACCUGCCAGGGGAUUACUGCUAGUGCAAGGUAACAGCAGGACAGCCAGCUUCAAGAGAGCGGGGAUGGGCAGAGCAGCCUUGGAGCCCAGGCCAGCAGCAUCAAGACGGAGGCCUGAGCCCUGACAGGGAGCUCGGCACACACUCGGCUGACCCAGGCAGCAUUCAAAGAAGCACCCCUCUGAGCAGCAGCUGUUCUCAGGCCCCAGAGGACCUCACAGCAGGGGCAGGAGCUCUGUGAUCCCCUAUGCAACUACAGUUGGAGCUGUGACCCUCGGGAGAAGGGACCAGCACCUCGGAUGGGAAGUGGAAGGGCAGAACUUAACGCAAGGAGGAUCUUGGUCUCUGCAGCAGAGUUUUCUGACACCCACGGAGCUGCCUGGGUUUCUUCUCUCAGGAUUGGGGCCUGGUUCUCUCCCCUGGCAGAGGGGUUGGGCCAGGAGGGCCAACGGAGGUGGGGCCAACUCUUGCAUGGCAUCCAGGCCGCUUGAAGCCCAUGUGCUCUCUGUUGUGAUCGGGGUUCGAAGGCUUCCCCCCUGCUGGGGACGAGGGGCUGCCUCGCCGUCUGCUCAUGAACCACAAGGACCCCGAAUGCUCCAGACUGGACCAUUUCAAGCUGCUAAAGAGGUGGGCUCCCAGAGCUGGUAGCCAACAACCCCAAGGGACUAGAGGGCUGGGAUGGACUGACCUACCCUUCGCCGGGGCGGCGGGAAAAGCAGAGCCUCUGUGGCCCAGCUAGUGACAGAAAGACCUGAUGAAGCCGUAAGCAGGGGCCUGUGUGGCUCAGGGACAGAGGAGCCAUUCCUGCCAACGUGCGUUCUCCUUACGUUGAAGGAGGGUGUGGUGUGGGACCCCUGCUCUCCCCUUCUUGGCACGUGCCCCUAUGCCCUUUGCACUUGGUGCCAGAACAGGCAGGCACCGUGGCUGGCCCGUCAACAGGCUGGGAAAGGAGUGGCCACGGUGACACCCUCCUGCCCUCCAGGCUGGUGGUCCAGCCCCCUGGGGCGCUGAGCCAUGAAGUGCUCUCUGCGGGUAUGGUUCCUCUCCGUGGCCUUCCUGCUGGUGUUCAUCAUGUCCCUGCUCUUCACCUACUCCCACCACAGCAUGACCACCCUGCCCUACCUGGACUCGGGGGCCCUGGGCGGGACGCACCGGGUGAAGCUGGUGCCUGGCUAUACCGGCCUGCAGCGCCUCAGCAAAGAGGGGCUUGCUGGCAAGAGCUGUGCCUGCCGCCGUUGCAUGGGUGACGCCGGUGCUUCUGACUGGUUUGAUAGCCACUUCAACAGCAACAUUUCCCCUGUCUGGACUCGAGAGAACAUGGAUCUGCCUCCGGAUGUCCAGAGGUGGUGGAUGAUGCUGCAGCCCCAGUUCAAGUCACACAAUACCAACGAGGUGCUGGAGAAGCUGUUCCAGAUAGUACCAGGCGAGAACCCCUACCGUUUCCGGGACCCCCACCAGUGCCGGCGCUGUGCUGUGGUGGGGAACUCAGGCAACCUGCGGGGCUCGGGCUACGGACCGGAUGUGGACGGACACAACUUCGUCAUGAGGAUGAAUCAGGCACCAACCGUGGGCUUUGAGCAGGAUGUUGGCAGCCGAACCACCCACCAUUUCAUGUACCCUGAGAGUGCCAAGAACCUGCCCGCCAACGUCAGCUUCGUGUUGGUGCCCUUCAAAGCCCUGGACCUACUGUGGAUCACCAGUGCCCUGUCCACGGGGCAGAUCCGAUUCACCUAUGCCCCAGUGAAGUCCUUCCUUCGAGUGGACAAAGAAAAGGUCCAGAUCUAUAACCCAGCCUUCUUCAAGUACAUCCAUGACCGGUGGACAGAGCAUCAUGGGCGGUACCCUUCCACAGGGAUGCUGGUGCUCUUCUUUGCCCUGCAUGUGUGUGAUGAGGUGAACGUGUACGGGUUCGGGGCCGACAGCCGGGGCAACUGGCACCACUACUGGGAGAAUAACCGAUACGCAGGCGAGUUCCGGAAGACGGGCGUGCACGACGCCGACUUCGAGGCACACAUCAUCGACAUGCUGGCCAAGGCCAGCAAGAUCGAGGUCUACCGAGGCAACUGAGCCCGGCCUCGCCUCGACCCUUCCGGCCCGGCCGGGACUCG